CUGUGCUAACAGUUGAUAAGUCGGUCUUGUUUACACCGGUAAAGCCAAAUUUCGUGCGUAAGAAAUUAAUUUUAAUGGUAACUUAAAAUGGCACACGUUGAAACUAUUCCGGUAACUACAUUCCGGAGCCACCUCAAUAUACUAAACGAUCCGGCGGCAAAUGAAGAAAUCAAGUUGAAAGCCACCCAGGAGUUGAGUGAACAUUUUGAUAUGAUCAUGCAAUCUCCGUCUUAUCCCUCGUUUUUGGAAAAUGCACUAAAGAUAUUUAUGCGUAUAUUACAAGAGGGGGAGCCUCAAUUUAUACAAGAGAACACGAUUCAGCAUGUUCGCAAGCUUAUUUUGGAGAUGAUACACCGAUUGCCCAUUACAGAAAAUCUAAGACAGCAUGUUAAAUCGAUAAUAACUAUGACGCUCAAAUUAUUAAAAACUGAUAACGAAGAAAAUGUGCUGAUAAGUCUGCGUAUAAUAAUCGAGCUGCAUAAACAUUUUCGUCCAUCUUUCAAUCCAGAGAUUCAGCUAUUUUUAGGAUUUGUUAAAGAAAUUUAUACAAAUCUGCCAAAUAAUUUAACAUCAAUCUUCGAAACUACAAAUGAUAUUUGGAUAACUGACCUAAAAGAUUUGGAUUUAGAAAUGCUUUUGCCUACCACAUAUUCAGUAAAAACUAUACAUGUGGAGAAAUCCCAAGAACACAAUUCACAGCAAAUGAUUUAUAAUCUCCUUCCUCGUGGUAUAUUGUCCUUGAAAGUUCUUCAAGAGUUGCCAAUUAUCGUUGUGCUGAUGUACCAAAUUUACAAGAAUGCUGUCCACCAAGAGGUCGCCGAAUUUAUUCCUUUAAUACUUACAACUAUUAAUUUACAACCAACUGUAAUUCAAAGGAAUACAUCACAAAAGGAAGUUUUUGUGGACUUUGUGGGCGCUCAAGUAAAAACGCUUUCAUUUUUGGCAUACAUUGUGCGAAUUUAUCAGGAUGUAGUCAUAGCUAACUCAUUAUCUGUAUCAAAUGGUAUGCUGAAUUUGAUGGAACAUUGUCCGAAAGAAGCUGCCCACCUACGGAAAGACCUUUUAAUUGCUGCGCGUCACAUAUUUGCUACAGACUUACGUCAAAAAUUCAUUCCAUCAAUAGAAAAAUUAUUUGAUGAGGAUUUGCUUAUUGGUAAAGGGGUGACUUUAGACUCCAUUCGCCCAUUAGCAUAUUCAACAUUAGCUGAUCUUGCACACCAUGUCCGCCAGAGCUUAAGUUUGGAUGUCUUGAUAAAAGCAGUACACUUGUUUGCAAAAAAUGUGCAUGACGAGACACUGGCUGUUGGCAUACAAACUAUGUCGUGUAAGCUUUUACUGAAUCUAGUAGAUUGCCUUCGACAUCACAGUGAGGUUGAACCACAGCGUUCUAGAAAUAUUCUGAGAACACUAUUAAAAGUGUUUGUAAAGAAGUUCGAAACUAUCGCGCAAAUUCAGCUUCCUCUGAUUAUUCAAAAAUGCAAGGGGCAACCUCAAACCGGUGCAACAUCACAUCUUAUUGGUUCGCUUACCUUGCCUGCUCUUCAUUUAAACGAUAUAAAAGAAGAACAACUGGGGAGCGAGCAAAAUAAAACCACGACGGGUUCACAAUUAAUUUGUUCAGUAAAUGUAGCUGAAUUUCGAAGUUUAGUCAAGACACUUGUUGGAGGCGUAAAAACUAUUACUUGGGGAUUUUUCAACUCAAAGAGUCAUGUUUCGGAUCCAAGUUUACAAAUGCAGGAAAAACUUUUUAAUCCAGAGAUCUUAUGCAUAUAUAUUGACUUGGUGCAUUUUGCAAUGGAAGCGUUAGAUAUAUAUACAAUAAACGUUAACCCAAAUCAACAACGAGCAUCUGGGCUGAUUUCACGCAGCAAAGAAGAAAAGGAGGUUUUAGAACACUUUAGCGGCAUCUUCCUCAUGAUGCAUUCACAGAAUUUCCAGGAAAUAUUUGCUACCACAAUUGACUUUUUGGUGGAGCGUAUCUACAAAAAUCAGGCACUUCAGGUUAUAGCUAACUCGUUUUUAGCUAAUCCGACUACUUCGCCACUAUUUGCGACUGUGUUGGUUGAGUAUCUUUUGGAGAAAAUGGAAGAAAUGGGCUCAAAUGUUGAGCGAUCAAACUUAUAUCUUCGCCUGUUUAAACUCGUUUUUGGGAGCGUAAGCUUAUUUCCUGUGGAAAAUGAACAAAUGUUGCGGCCGCAUCUUCACAAAAUAGUUAUUCGUUCAAUGGAAUUGGCGUUAAUUUCAGACGAGCCCUACAACUAUUUUUUGCUUCUCAGGGCUCUAUUUAGAUCAAUUGGAGGUGGAAGCCAUGAUCUUCUAUAUCAAGAGUUUCUUCCUCUGUUACCUAAUUUGUUGGAAGGAUUAAAUCGCCUACAAAGUGGAUUUCAUAAACAACAUAUGCGGGAUCUGUUUGUUGAACUUUGUUUGACAGUUCCAGUUCGUCUCUCAUCUUUAUUACCUUAUCUUCCGAUGCUCAUGGAUCCGUUAGUUUCUGCCUUGAAUGGUUCCCCAACUCUUAUAAGUCAGGGCUUAAGAACUUUGGAACUUUGUGUCGACAAUUUGCAACCUGACUUUUUGUACGACCAUAUACAACCAGUAAGGGCAGCUUUAAUGCAAGCCUUAUGGAAAACACUAAGAAAUCCGGACAAUGCAGCGCUUGUUGCUUUUCGUGUUCUUGGAAAAUUUGGUGGCGGCAAUCGAAAAAUGAUGGUGGAGCCGCAAACGUUACAUUAUGAUCAUAACGAAAAACCGAAAAUCGCAAUAAUUACUUACUUCCAAGAAUAUGAUAAACCCAUAGAAUUUCCAGUCGAGUAUGCGAUUACGUCAGCUUUUAAUGCAUUAAGCUCAAACACUACAGAUCAGUUUUAUAGACGACAAAGCUGGGAAGUAAUCCGUUGUUUUUUGGCUGCAUUUAUUAGUUUGGAUGAUGAAAAACACACCUUGUUGAAAUUGUUUACUCACAGUGACUUUGUCGAAAGUAACAUUAUGAGUUGGCCAAUAUUUCAUAACAAAAUUGACGACUCGACAGUUCGUGGAACUCACCUGAAAGCUCUCAUUGGUAUGUUGGUAGCAUCAGCCACAAAAGACCUACGGGAUUCAGUGUGUCCUGUCAUGGCAGCUGUUGUAAGACAUUAUACUAUGGUGGCGAUUGCCCAACAGGCUGGACCUUUCCCACAAAAGAAUAGUGCAUCAAAUGGAAUAGAUCCGAUGGUUUUAAUUGAUGCUUUAGCUGCUUGUAUGGGGCAUGAAGAAAAAGAAUUGUGCAAGCCCGGCAUAGCUUGCAUGGGAAUAAUAUUGGAUACUGCUGCAAACAUAAUGGGAAAUAAAGACAGGGCUUGCAAGUUACCUUUAAUGCAAUAUUUGGCAGAGAGAAUGACAGCAUUGUGCUACGAUCGGCCAUGGUAUGCCAAAGUGGGCGGUUGUCAAGCCAUUCAGUUUUUAUGCAAACACAUGUCUUUGCGUGCCCUAUUCCAGCACCUGUUCAAUUUUUUAAAAGCCUUCAUGUUUGUGCUAAUGGAUUUGGAAGGAGAUGUUUCUAAUGGCGCACUAGAUAUAACUAAAAGCUAUAUGAAAACAAUGUUGGAGAUAUGCUUGUCCCCCAUAAGUAUUAAUUCUCGGAAUGAUGAAAUAGAAGACUUACAAGUGAAAGCCACGUAUGAAGUAAUUCAUGAGCUCGUACGGCAUAUAACAAGUCCGAAUUCCAUUGUACGAGAAGAGUCAAUGUUGUUGCUUAAACACAUUGGAUUAAUCCAAAAAAAGACUGUCUCCGAGGUUAUGGACCCACAUAAAGACGUCCUAGCAGAUAUUAUACCUCCUAAAAAACAUUUAUUAAGGCACCAACCUGCCAAUGCACAAAUCGGCCUAAUGGAUGGUAACACAUUUUGCACUACCUUGGAACCCCGUCUCUUUACAAUUGACUUAACAAAUACGUACCAUAAAUUAUUUUUCCACGAAUUAUUAACCUUAAGCGAAGCCGAAGAUGCCACAUUAGCUAAAUUGGAUUGCUAUAAAAAUGUAACAAACCUCAUACCAUUGCGAAUAAGUGCGCUUCGAGCUUUAGCAGCCUGCCAUUAUAUUAAUGAUAUUGGAUAUAAAGAAAAAAUAAUCAACAUUAUUUUUAAAGUUAUGGAGAAUGAUAAACCGGAACUGCAAGAAACAUCUUAUGUUUGCAUGAAAACAUUUAUUUCUGGUAUUACGCUUGAUAAAGAAAAGGUUCAAGCUGCAAUGCGACCUCUACUGCUAAAACUGGGCGAUCAUAGGAACUUGUCUAUUCCUGCAAUAAAACGAUUAUCAUAUUUUACUCAACUUUUUCCACAAAUGUUCAAUGAAAAACUUAGUGAACAAAUAUUGCAGCAUUGUGCAAAGAUUAUUGAAAUAUUCGUUGGCCAAUAUAAGUGCACUAACGAGAACGUUAAUUUCUUUGCUACAUCGAAAGGAGGAGAGUAUGAACAAAAAAUUGUGACACUCAUUGAAAUGUUUUAUCACAUAACGGCUUCGUCAAAAUAUAUUGAGAAGUUAUGCCAAUUGGUUUUACAAACGGAAAAAAAUCUUAUGAUAGAGGCAUCUAGUCCAUAUCGCGAAGCGUUAAUUAUGUUUUUACAACGAUUUCCAUUAGAAACGGUAGAUCUUUUUAUGACGAAUUCCAUUAUGAAGGACCCUCAAUGGAAUCGUUUUUUUAUAUUUCUAUUAAAGCAUAAAAAUGGGCAACCAUUUCGAUCCAUUAUAAAGAACUCCAAAUACACAAUCUUAAUGGAGUAUUUAAAUUGGACGGCAGCUUUUAGUAAUACGCUUAAAUAUAAUGUGCAACACCAAGCUGUUCUUAUCAUUUUUACCCUCAUGGAAUUAGAUGAUCAAUGGAUUCCAACUAGACCGGAUAUCGUAGAUGCGUUAAGAAAUACUUGGCGGACUAGUUUAUACUCAACAUGUUUGGAAAAUGUUGCUUGUGAUAUAUGGCACUUGAUCGGAAAAAUACUUCUCUUAUAUUUUUCGAAUAACACAAAUGAUAUUGACCUACUUUUCCAACUCUUAAGAGCCCUGUGCUUACACUUUAUCCCGGAUGUUUAUUUUUUGCGCGAUUUUCUACAAAAUACAGUAGCUCAAAGUUUUACUGUUAGUUGGAAACGAAAUGCAUUCUUUUACUUCGUUGAAAAUUUCAAUAAUAAUACAUUUUCAGAAGAUUUAAAAGCAAAAAUAAUAACAUCAGUUUUAAUACCUUGUUUCACCGUAAGCUUUGACAAAGGUGAAGGUAAUAAACUAAUUGGAGCUCCUCCAACACCUUAUCAAGAAGAUGAGAAAAACAUUGUUUCGGUGUUCAUCAAUAAAGUUUUUGAUCCCGAUAAACAGUAUGAUGAUGCAGUGAGAAUUGCUUUAUUACAACUCGCUUGCUUACUCGUAGAACGAGCAUCACAGCAUAUUCACGAUGGCGAUGCUAAUAAUAAAAGGCAAGGUAACAAACUUAGACGCUUGAUGACAUUUGCGUGGCCCUGCCUACUUAGCAAAAACUGUGUAGAUCCUACUGCACGAUACCAUGGUCAUUUACUACUUGCUCACAUCAUUGCAAGACUAGCAAUUCAUAAAAAAAUCGUGCUUCAAGUUUUCCAUUCGCUGCUAAAAGGACACGCCCUUGAGGCAAGACCCAUUGUAAAGCAGGCUCUAGACGUGCUUACACCAGCUAUGCCCCUUCGCAUGGAAGACGGCAACACAAUGUUAACUCACUGGACAAAAAAAAUUAUUGUUGAAGAAGGUCACGCAAUACAACAGCUGUUUCAUAUCCUUCAACUGAUUAUACGUCAUUAUAAGGUUUAUUUCCCCGUCAGACAUCAGUUGGUGCAGCAUCUUAUACACAAUAUGCAACGAUUGGGAUUUCCUCCAAGUGCGUCUAUUGAACAUAAAAAGUUGGCUGUCGACUUGGCAGAAGUUAUAAUUAAAUGGGAACUGCAUCGAAUAAAACAAGAUGAAAAAGAUGUAAAAACUGCUGAAUCCGAAGAGGAUUUAAGGGACAUUCAACUGUCUAAGCGGCUGGGAAACGAAACAUCUGAAAGUAGAAAGAAAUUGGCUGAGUCAAAUCCAUCUUUGGUCCAAGGUGCGGGAACUCACAUUAAAUCUGAAGACGUUCUUCGAUCAAUAGAUAAGUCAUUUUGCGAUACUGUUCUCAACUUUCUCAUACGAUUAGCAUGUCAAGUUAAUGAUGUACAACCAGGCAUUAUUUCCCCAGGAGAAAAUCUAUCAAGGAGGUGUAUCAUGCUAUUAAAAUUGGCUAUGCGUCCUGAAAUUUGGCCGCAGCCAUUUGAUAUAAAAAUCAGCUGGCUGGACAAGGUUCUGGCUACAAUAGAGACACCGCAUCAUAACUUAAAUAACAUAUGCACUGCGAUAGAUUUUCUGACGUUUCUAACCACAAUAUUAAGUUCGGAUCAAUUGGUGACAAUAGUCCGACCAGUUCAACGUGGUCUUUCUUUAUGUAUUAUUCACCAGAAUACAAGGAUUGUUCGUUUAAUGCAUAUAUUUUUAACACGACUUAUGGCUACUUUUCCACCAGAUGCACAGCAUAAACACAACGAUUUUGAUAUUUUGUACAGUGCCAUUAGCAAAAUGAUAACAGACAACCUUACGUUCUAUGAAAAGAGUCCACAACCGAUUGCCUCUUCGUUAUUUGGAACUUUAAUGAUUUUAAAAGCUUGCACCACUAAUAAUCCAAGUUAUAUAGACCGCAUAUUAGUUCAGUUCAUAAGAGUUCUAAAUCGUCUUACAAAGGAUCACAUUAAUAUAAGUACAAAUAAUACGAUCAACACUCAACCGUCUGAUUCAAACUCUCUGGCUCUGGAGCUGUUAGUCCUAUCAUUGGAACUAAUUAAAAACAGAGUUGUUAUAAUGAGUGUUGAAAUUCGUAAACUUUUUAUAGGGACUAUCUUAGUGAGCCUUAUAGAAAAAAGCUCUGAAGUUAAAAUUGUAAAAUGUAUUAUUAAAAUGCUUGAUGAUUGGGUAAAGAGUAAAGAAUCUAAUAUUGCAACUCAUGUUCCAUCGAUAAGAGAAAAGUCCGCACUGCUAGUAAAAUUAAUGCAGUAUGUUGAAAAACGAUUUACCGAAGAGGUUGAACUGAAUGUUCAAUUUUUAGAAAUAAUCAAUUAUAUAUAUCGAGACGAAGUUUUAAAGCAAACGGAACUAACAAGUAAAUUGGAAGGUGCUUUUUUGAAUGGUCUUCGAUUUCAAAAUCCCCAUAUUCGCGCAAAGUUCUUUGAAAUUUUAGAUGCAUCAAUGCGCCGUAGACUUCAUGAUAGACUUUUAUACAUAAUAUGCUCACAAGCAUGGGAUACUAUUGGAUCACAUUAUUGGAUAAAGCAAUGCAUCGAACUGCUUAUUUUAACAACUAAUACUAUGACACAGAUUCAAUGCUCAAAUGAAAGCUUUAAAAUUCCCUGUAUAACUUCUGUGAUACCCUCGAACCCUACUGAUUCCCAAGAAAAUACAUUUGUUUCAUUUUUAUCCGCACAAUCUGAAUCAUUCGAAAAUGUACAGAGUGUUAAUGAUAAGGACGACGUAUUUGAUAUUGAUUUAAAACUUGAAUUUACAUCCGUUCGUAAAGAAGAUUGCCACCAAAUACUAUCUACAAGACGUGAUACGUUGGUUGAGCUCAUUUACAAGCAAGCGGAAUUCCUAGAAGCAAAUCGAAACAUACGCACAGAACAAAUGCUUGUUGCUACAUCACAGCUAUGCCACAUGGAUACACAGCUUGCUGAAAGCGUUUGGCUAUCAAUUUUUCCAAGCAUUUGGAAUAUAUUUACUGAAGAUCAACGAACAAAUAUAUCAAAGGAAUUAAUACCAUUUCUUUCAUCUGGAACAAAUGUCAAUCAGAAAGAUUGUAGUCCAAGUACCCUAAAUACGUUUGUAGAAAGCUUAACUAAGUGUGUUCCUUCGAUUUAUAUCCCACCAAAUCUCUUAACAUAUUUGGGUAAAUCUCAUAAUCUUUGGCACAGAGCCAUAUUAGUAUUAGAAGAUUUGGCUUCGGAGCACUCCCUACGGAGUGAUAUAAAUAUUGCUGCGGACAUAAGUCAGCCAGAGUCCGACCUGCAAAAUUUGAACAACAUUUAUGACUCUCUGUCUAAAAUGUACUCCGCUAUGCAUGAGGAAGAUCUAUGGGCAGGUCUUUGGCUAAAAUUUGCACACUACCCAGAAACAAAUAUUGCCAUUUCAUACGAACAAAUGGGAUUUUUUGAAGAAGCACAAGGUGCCUAUGACCUGGCUAUGACAAAAUUUAAACAAGAUUUAAACAGCGGCCAAAUAAGCGUUGAUGUUAAUAGUGAACUAUUGUUAUGGGAAAAGCAUUGGAUGCGCUGUGCAAAGGAACUUAAUCAGUGGGAUAUUUUAUUGGAUUACGCUCAAACAAAUAGAGAAAAAAAUAUGUUCCUUAUUCUAGAAAGCUCUUGGCGGGUACCCGACUGGAAUCUUAUGAAAAAUGCUUUGUCCAAAACGGAGCAGUGUUAUUCCAAGCAAUAUGGGUUUAAAUUGAAUUUAUACAAGGGCUAUUUAUCAAUUCUGUAUCAAGAGGAUAGACAAGCCGCCAGUGUUGAGCGUUACGUUGAGGUUGCUUCAAGCUUAUGCAUAAGAGAGUGGCGGCGCCUACCCAGAAUUGUAUCCCACAUUCACUUGCCAUAUCUUCAAGCUUCUCAACAAAUUAUGGAAUUGCACGAAGCAAGCCAAAUUCAUCAGGGUCUAACGCAAUCGAGAAAUUCUUCCCUACAUGACAUGAAAGCCAUCGUUAAGACUUGGCGCAAUAGAUUGCCCAUCAUUUCAGAUGAUUUAUCACAUUGGAGUGACAUUUUCACCUGGAGGCAGCAUCACUAUCAAAUAAUAACUCAGCACUUGGAGCAACAGUCCGAUCAAGGAAGUACAAUGCUAGGAGUGCAUGCAUCAGCGCAAGCAAUUAUUUCAUUUGGUAAAAUAGCUAGAAAACAUAACCUGACUGGAGUAUGCCAGGAAACACUAUCUAGAAUAUACACCAUACCCUCGGUUCCAAUAGUUGAUUGCUUUCAGAAAAUACGUCAACAAGUUAAAUGUUACUUACAAAUGCCCUCAACAUCAGGACGCAAUGAAAUAAACGAAGCUCUUGAAGUAAUUGAAUCAACAAACUUAAAAUAUUUCACUGGUGAAAUGAAUGCCGAAUUUUACGCACUGAAAGGCUUGUUAUUAACGCAAAUUGGCCGCACAGAUGAAGCAGGAAAGUCUUUUAGCGCAGCAGUUCAACUUCACGAUGGACUUACUAAAGCGUGGGCUAUGUGGGGAGACUAUAUGGAACAGAUAUAUCUUAAAGAUAAACAAAUUUCCCUUGGUGUUAAUGCUUUAAUCUGUUUUCUACAUGCCUGCCGUAACCAAAACGAGAGUAAAACCAGAAAAUACAUAGCCAAGGUUUUAUGGUUCUUGUCAUAUGAUAAUUCAAGCGACACCAUGAUUAGCACUUUUGAAAAAUAUGUAUCUGGGAUUCCUCCAUCUUAUUGGCUGCCGUGGAUACCUCAACUACUUUGUUGUCUGGAACAAUUUGAGGGCGAUGUUAUAUUGAAUUUAUUGAGUCAGAUUGGAAGACUGUAUCCGCAGGCAGUCUACUUUCCGAUUCGAACUUUAUAUCUAACUUUAAAGAUUGAACAGAGAGAAAAACAUAAAUCAGCCGAGCAGGCGGUGUUCGCUGGUAAAUUAACGUCUUCCAAUCUCGAAAACAUGGCAUCAGUUUGCGGCAGAAAUCCAGUGACGGUCGCGUCAGUCAACCCAAUCAAAGCUACACCACCCAUGUGGAGAUGUUCGAAAGUAAUGCAACUGCAACGUGAAGUUCAUCCCACUAUUUUAAGUUCGCUUGAAGGAAUUGUAGACCAAAUGGUUUGGUUUAGGGAGAGUUGGACAGAAGAAGUUCUUCGUCAGCUAAGACAAGGUUUGAUUAAAUGUUAUGCUAUUGCAUUUGAGAACCGGAGCACAGUUGUCAAUGCAACCAUAACGCCACAUACAUUGCACUUCGUAAAAAAACUGGGAUCAACUUUCGGUAUCGGAAUUGAAAAUGUGCCAGGAUCUGUCGCUUCUUCUAUAUCUCACUCUGCUGCAUCAGAGUCGCUAGCACGACGGGCACAAGUAACAUUCCAGGAUCCUGUUUUCCAAAAAAUGAAAGAGCAAUUUACAAAUGAUUUCGAUUUUUCUAAGCCGGGAGCGAUGAAAUUACACAAUUUAAUAUCAAAAUUAAAAACGUGGAUUAAAGUUUUGGAAGCAAAGGUGAAAAAAUUACCAACAUCCUUCCUAAUAGAAGACAAGUGCAGAUUUUUAUCAAACUUCAGUCAAAAAACCGCUGAAGUUGAACUACCCGGAGAAUUGCUGAUUCCUUCAUCAUCUCAUUAUUAUGUGCGCAUUGCUCGGUUUAUGCCACGUGUGGAAAUAGUUCAGAAAAAUAACACUGCUGCUCGAAGGUUAUACAUAAGAGGUACAAAUGGAAAAAUUUAUCCUUACCUGGUAGUUCUGGAUUCUGGGCUAGGAGAUGCGCGCCGGGAAGAACGAGUUUUGCAGCUAAAGAGAAUGCUUAACUAUUACUUAGAGAAACAGAAGGAAACAAGUCGUCGAUUUUUAAAUAUAACAGUGCCACGAGUUGUUCCCAUUUCACCUCAAAUGCGACUAGCUGAAGAUAAUCCGAAUAGUGUUUCAUUGCUGAAGAUAUUUAAAAAGUGCUGUAAUAAUGCAAAAAUUGACUACGAUAUGCCGAUUGUCAGGUACUACGAGCGGCUUUCUGAAGUUCAAGCGCAGGGUACACCAAUUUCACAUACAAUUUUAAGAGAGAUUUUCAGUGAAGUACAAUGCACUAUGGUGUCCAAAACGCUUCUCAGGCAAUGGGCCCUAAACACAUUUGCUGCAGCCACCGACUAUUGGCAGUUUAGAAAAAUGUUAACACUUCAGUUGGCGUUGUCAUAUCUGUGUGAGCAUGCUCUUAAUUUAACACGGCUUAAUCCAGAUAUGAUGUACCUUCAUCAGGAUUCUGGACUAAUGAACAUAUCGUACUUCAAAUUCGAUAUACACGAUGAUAAAGAACAAUUCAAUCAACAUCGACCAGUGCCGUUUCGACUAACCCCAAACAUUGGCGAGUUUAUUACAAACAUUGGAAUUUCCGGGCUAUUAUCUGCUGCGAUUGUGGCAACAGCUCGUUGUUUUAUUCAACCCAACUAUAAACUAAGUUCAAUUUUACAAACUAUCCUUCGGGAUGAAAUUAUAACUUUGCAAAAAAAAGGAUUUCGGCAAAGUAAAUUAAUGGAUACAUCUCAAGAGCCUUGUGUUGAUAAUAACCCGAUGGAAAACACUAUUCGAGUCGUGAAUUCUACUGUGGAUAUAAUUUUACUACGUUUAAAUAAAAUUUCCUAUUUCGACAACAUAGAAAAAAAGAAAAUUUCUGCACUCAUUCAAUCCGCAACUAAUAUAGACAACCUAUGUCGAAUGGAUCCAGCCUGGCAUCCUUGGCUUUGAACAUUUCAAAAAGAUUGUAUUUAUAA